GGAGAUGUUGCAGUGAAUGAGGGGGUUUAUAGCUGAGGAUGCUGCCGCUGUCCGUGGUGCUGAAACUGCUGCUGCUGAUCUGCAUCCUGCGACCUUCUGCCAGCAUCUGGCUGAAGGAGGGCUGGCAGGUGUACAGUUCAGCUCAGGAUGCCGAUGGCCGCUGCGUCUGCACCGUCGUCGCUCCAGAACAGAGCCUGUGCUCCAGAGACGCGAAGAGCAGGCAACUCCGACAGCUCCUGGAGAAGAUUCAGAACAUGUCUCAGUCCAUAGAAGUUCUGAACCUGCGGACUCAGAGGGACUUCCAGUACGUCAUGAAAAUGGAGAGCCAGAUAAAAGGACUGCGAUCAAAGCUCAGGCAAAUAGAGUCCAACCGGAGAACGCUACUGACGAAAAACUUUCAGGAGAUGAAGGGUAAGAUGGCCGAUCUGCAGCCCCUGAUUCCCGUGCUGGAACAGUAUAAAACAGACGCCAGGCUCAUCUCUCAGUUUAAGGAGGAGGUGAGGAACCUGUCGAUGGUGCUGCUGGGCAUCCAGGAGGAAAUCGGAGCAUACGAUUACGAAGAACUUCAGCACAGGGUGGCCAGUCUGGAGGGACGACUGAGGAACUGUAUGAGCAGACUCACUUGUGGCAAGCUAAUGAAAAUCAGUGGCCCUGACACCAUAAAGACGUCAGGAACCAGGUUUGGAGCGUGGAUGACUGACCCGCAGGCGUCUCCUCAAAACAAUAAGGUUUGGUACAUGGACAGCUACACCAACAACAAGAUAGUCCGUGAGUACAAGUCAGUGAGCGACUUCGUCGCUGGGGUCGAGUCCAGAACCUAUAAUUUGCCGUUUCACUGGGCGGGCACAAACCACGUCGUGUACAACGGCUCCCUGUACUACAACAAAUACCAGAGCAACAUCAUUGUUAGGUACAGCUUUGAGAGUGGACGUGUGAUGACCCAGCGUGCUCUGGAGGCUGCUGGCUUCCACAACGUUUAUCCGUACACCUGGGGCGGAUUUUCCGACAUUGACCUGAUGGCGGACGAGCUGGGGCUUUGGGCGGUCUACGCAACCAAUCAGAACGCUGGAAACAUCGUGAUCAGUCAGCUGGACCCUAUAACCCUACAGGUUCUAAACACAUGGAACACGGAAUACUCUAAAAGAAACGCCGGAGAGUCCUUCAUGAUCUGCGGCACACUUUACAUCACCAACUCCCAUCUCACAGGCGCAAAGGUCUACUAUUCCUACUCCACCAAAACGUCCAGCUACGAGUACACGGACAUCCCCAUCCACAACCAGUACUUUCACAUGUCCAUGCUGGACUACAACGCGAGGGAACGCGCGCUGUACGGCUGGAACAACGGCCACCAAGUGCUGUUCAACGUCACGCUGUUCCACGUUAUCAAAACGGAUGAUGAUUCUUGAGAGAUACUGUUUUCCAGAGUUGCCAGUUUGGCGAUUUUCUUGUUCGGUUACACCUGAAACAGGCAAACACGAAGCUCGGGUUUAUUAAUGAAGCUUGUAUUUAUCAACAUGGUCCAC